UCAACUUCAUGGCCAGAGACAAGAAACUAAAACUUCAACUACAUGGGACGAGAAUUACUUCAUAAUGGCAGUACCUCCUGCAAGCUCGCUGGCUGGUACUGUGCCAUUGGUAUCCACGGUUGAACUGGCCGACUUCUACACGAAGCACUUUUCGGGACAUUCUAAAGAUCACUUUGCCACCACUUUCCUAGCUGAAGGAGUCGCCGAGGAGGAAGAUGAUAACUUAGGAUACUAUGAUGAUGGCGUUAAGAGGACCUUAACAGACGGACAAAUCGCCAUGUUCCGUCACACUGAGAUUGAAACAUUGCUGAGGGAGAAGAGAAAAUCCGACGAGGCCAAAGCGCACAAGGCAGAAAGAUCAUCAGACUUGGAACGAGAAACUGGAGAAUAUCCUGGGCCUCAGGAUGCAUCUCUGCCUAGCAUCCAAGCUUCAAAGGUGUCACUCACUCAGUCAGAAGCUGGACAAUCAUCACAAACGAAAUCCAGCACAGAGGACAACAAGAAGAAAAAGAGCCAUUUCAAGAGGAAUAUCAAACCUGACUUGAGAAAGAGAACUUGGGACCAGGUCGAUCAUGGCUUGGAAACGUUAGACUACGAGGAAGAUGUUGCUCGGCCUUCACCAAAACGAAAUGCGGGACCUCAGCGAAGGACAAUUUCGUACGACGACGUGUGAAUCCAGUACUAUAACUGUCAGACUUUAUAAAUUAGUACUAUUUGCGACAAAGCUGAAAUUACAGCACGCAUCACCCCUCGAGUUGCCAUUCCCCCUGGUAUCAUGAAAUCUUGUCAUGGACGAGACUCCCUCCCAUCUAUUGAAAAAUUAUGGCGAUGUUAAGUUCAAAGAUCAUUGCUGAGGGCUAUGAAGGAGGGGCCUUUUCCCAAGUCUCCCACCAAGCUAGAAUUGCGACAUCAAUCAGGAACAGCUUGAGCAUAACCAUGUGCACUUUUCCAUGACUUCGGUUUUACUGUUAGGCCUCUUGGAUAGUAUUGGGCAUAUAGCAUUGGGGGGUUUCUAUCCUCCGCCAAACUACCCUCCAUUGGGGGUACUCAAGGUGUAACUCUCUAAGCACCAAGUUGCAGGUGCUUGGGCGACCUAACUGGUCCGGUGCCAGGUCGCUAGUUGAACUCUAUUUCUCCAACCACGCACUCUGGAAUGCAAUGUGUGGUUCUAGAAUUUGUUCUAUGCUAUCUUAAUAUCACAUCCUUGUUAUCACACCAAGACUAAUGCGUGGAUUUAAUACGCCAAACGUCAACAUCUAUCCAGAAGCCAACAUCGGUGGCGUCGGCGCAACAUACCGUACAUCAUCCCAAACGGAGCUUUUUUAUGCAGAUUACUUUCUAAGCCAAGAUAUAGAACGGAGACUGGUGGGAUAUGGCUGGCUGAGGACAUUAUCGUCUAUUUCGCCACCAAGACUAGAGUGGCAAUGUGAGGAGGCGUCAAUGAAUCCUGAAUCUGAUAUGCGAUAUUGCUGAUACAGUGCAUUGACCCUUGUGGUGAUACCUGACCUGCAUCGGCGGAACCUACCUGAAUGUGGCUGACACCCAGUCCCAGCCUCGCCGGGGACGAUUUUGGAGGCCCACGAGUGACACAGAACCACGGCCGCCGUUUCCAAACCGGGUAAGCGUUCUCUGUCAAACGCACCUUCGAAAGGUCGUUGGAUGUCUCCUAGAACGGCACGGACCGUGGGGGCUUGCUGUGGGCGGCCGUAUUGCAACCCCCUAUGAAGAUGUGAUAGAGUGAUAGGUGAAGUCUGAGACAGGAGCUGAAGUGACCUGUCAACUAACUAAUGAACAAUGGAUGUACAGUACGGCGCCAUAAGUAUGCAUACAGGUCUGUGCUUCUCCCAUACAAAAAGACACUCGUUUACUGCAAUUUAAGCACAGA